AUGGAGGAUCAAAUCAUUGUAUUUGGAAGAAAUGACGUUGAACAAUUAGCUUUAUCUAACCGAUCCAGUAAAUGUCUUCCAACCUUGCUUGAUUUCAAAUCCAACACAAAAGCCUUGCCCUAUAUUCAAGAAGGAAUUAAAACGAUUCGGCAAGGAGGUAACCGAAUGGCCAUUCUCACUCAUUCCAAUAAUUUACUCCUAACUCUUCAUGACUAUAAAGUCAAUACCACCAAGUCAUCAUCAUCGACCGAACACAGCAACAAGGCUAGCAUUGAUGUUCCCAGUCACGACAUUUGUCUAUUGAGGAAUAACGUCAUUGAUGUUGCUGUUGGAUUUUCUCAUUGCUUAUUUCUCACCAAACAACAUGAAUUGUAUGGUUUUGGUAAUACUUCAAAUGGUAGAAUUGGAAUUAGUAAUGAUCAAAUGAUGGACAAUGAAGAGGCUGUUAUUACCAAUACUUUCAAACGAUUGUACAAUAUCAAAUGUUAUCAAGUGCCAUUGGCUCAUUUACUGGAUGAUCAUGAACAUGUCACUAGUAUUUUUGCAUUGGGACAAGGAACCAUUUGUAAAACGAAUUUGGAAAACUUGAUAUCAUUUGGUUGGAACUAUAGAGGAGAAUUAUGCAGUGGAGUCAAAUCAGAUCGACAAGGCCCUAAAAAGAUUACAUUUUUUAAUUCAAGUGUGAUUGAUGGAAUAUAUACAGGUUAUAGUCAUGUCAUGUUUCUUGUAAACAAACGAACAGAUCCCAAGCUAUAUGUAUGUGGUUGGAAUGAGAGCUAUCAACUCGGCCUAGGACACAAUUCUAAUGUUUUUUCCAUCACUGAGAAUGAAUAUUGUACCUUCAGACAUGAAAUUAUUGACAUUGCUCUAGGAUAUGAUUUUUCAAUCUUUCUCACACGCCAUGGAAGAGUCUAUGGAUGUGGAAAAUUGCCAUCUUCUCCAUCAGAUACCAUCAAAACAUUUGGAUCUUUUUAUGAAUUUAAAUUAGAUAAUAUUACUCAAAUCACUUGUGGAUACUAUCAUGCACUUUUUGUUGUGAAUCACAAACAAAUUUUUGCAUCUGGAACCAAUGAUUGCUGUCAGUGUGGAUUCUCAGAUGAAGAUGAAACAAAUUAUGGAAUUUCUAAUUGUAGACCUUUAAACAUUUCGAAUCCUCAACCAUUGAGUUUACUUUCUGCAGGUCAAUACUGCUCUGCCAUUCUCUUUUCAUGUGGUCAUGUUAAAUAUGAAGCUGAGAAACGAAUGAAAGAGCGUCUAUUGCUCGCUGUGGAUGAGUCCAAAUUAAUAGACAUGAUCAUACGAUGA